AUGGAUGAUUAUAAUAUUGAUGUACAUCAUGGUAUAACUAAUAAUAUCAUUACUACAUCUUCUAAAAGAAAGUCUUUAAAUUUAGAAACAAUUGCUGUUGAAGUUGAAAGUAGUGGAUUUAGUGGUAGUAGUUUAACAACUAUUAAUAGUGAUUAUUUGGGUGGUGGCAAUAAUACUCUUGUACAAUUAUGUCCUGCACUUAUUUUAAAAUCAGAUGAUCAAUUACCAAAUGCCGUUAAACAUAUUUAUAGUAAACUAGCACAAUCAGCUAAAGAAUUAGAUGAUGGUAUACCAAAUAUUAUUUUUUCAAUGAUAAGUACAGGUAAUCAUUUAUCAAAUGAAUUUUUAAAUAAAUUAAAAAAUGGUUUUAAUCAAGUUAUUAAUAAAUGUCCUUUAUGGUUUAUUCUUUCUGGAGAACAAAGUGAUCCACUUUCAUUAGUUACAAGUAAAAGUAUUCAAGAUAAAUUACGCAAUGCUGAUAAAAUUCAAGAAAUUUUAACUAUUAUUGUUCAAAGUACCUCUAUUAUACAUGGAAGAUCUUUAUCAACCUCUAAUUAUAUUAAUGAGUCAACUUUAUCUAAUAAUGAUAAACGUAUGAUUGAUUCAAAAUUUAACACAUUAUAUUUAUUACUCACAACAAAAAAACAAGAAAUUUCACAUUUUCGAGCACUUGCUGGUGUUAAAUUAUCAAAACCCCCUCCGGCAAUUUUAAUUAGCGUUCCAGAUAUACCAGGUCAUACCGGUGGUGUAUUACUUCAUCAACAACAAAAAGGAUGUAAUGAAGUAAGUCCAACAGAAGUUGUUAUAUUUGCUGGAGCAUCUUUAUCAUCACUUGAAGAACUUGAAAUUUAUGCUGAAUAUGGUAUAUGUUGUUUGGUUGUUCAGGAUUCAUCUGAAUUAUGUGCUAUAAUUCAUACAGCAUGGUUAAUGUACCAUUCAAGUACAUUUAAUUUUGAACAAUUUGAAAAAUGGAUUAUUAAUGAACUUCAUUCACUUUUAUCAUAUAAACCAUAUAAUGAUUUAGAUAUUAAGAAAGCAAAAAUAAUAAUAUUUAAACUUUUAGCAUUUUCUUCAGGAGAAAAUUCAAUUUUAUCAUUUAUUACAAUAAAUUCUUUAAGUACAGACUUUUCUACAAAAAUUCUUGAAUCACUCCUUCAAAGUGCUGUUAAUUUUGAAGAUGUUCAAAAAGUUGUCCUUCUUGCAAUUAAAUUAGAUUCAAUAUCAACUUUAGAAUCAUUACAUUUAGAUCCAAGUUAUUUAAGAGAUUAUAAUGAACAAGUAUUUUAUGAAAUAUUAACAAAUCCAAAUAAAACAACUGUACUUAGUUGUUUAAUGGAUCAAGGAAUAUUUCCAAUUGGUACACCAUCUCUAUUAUUUAAACUUUUAGAUUUAAAUUCUAAUACACAAGAAAGUUUAUUUUUUCAACAAAUAAUUAUUAAAAAAUUAUUUAGAAGUAGAUUAAAACCUCAUACAUUUACAAAUAAUUUUGCAUCAUCAAUGAAUAUGUUAUUUCAAGCAUUAUCAUCAAAUCAUUUUACAAAAUUAUUUAACAUUAAUAUUGAUAGUAAUACAACUAUAUCAACUUCAUUACAAAAUAUUUCAUUAUUGAUGGUUUUAUUAAAUAAACCAGAAGUUGUUAUUACACUUGUCUCAUACUCCACUUAUCCAAUUCAUUUAUCAUUAAUUAUAUCAAAGAUUGCUAGAAUGUUGACAAAACAAUGUUCUGAAAGAUUUCCAUUACAUUAUUCAAAUUUAUUAACUUUAUCAGAAGAUCUUGAAAAACUUUCAUGUUCACUUCUUGAAAAGUUAAUUGAAACAUCAAGAGAAGAUGCAUAUAAAUGUCUUUGUGAAACAAUAUCAAGAUAUGGAGAUUUGACACUUUGUGAAAUUGCUCUUUCCUGUCAAUCAAAUAAAUUCCUAACAAAUCCACUUUCAAAAUUAUGGAUUAAAAGAUUUUUUAAUGGUUCAUUUUCUACAAAACCUAUAUUUACAUGGCUUCCAAGUUACCUAAAAAUUCUUACCUCUUUUUUUUCACCCCCAACAAUACCAAUAUUUUUUGAACCAAAUUUAAAUUUAAAUCAUGAUAAUAUUAUUUCAUUACCAAAUAAUUCAUCAAAUAAUAAUGUAACAUCACCAACUGUUGGAUUAUUAGAUUCUGAUAGAUUAUCAUUAGCAUCUAAACAUAGUGUUGCUACUGUUCUUAGACCACAUUCAAUGCAUAGUAAUUCAUCACAAAGAUCAUCAUCACUUUUUAUUAAAAGAAAUACAACACAACCAAUAAAAAAAUAUUCAUUGGAGGAAUAUUUACUUGAUGAGUAUAAUGCUAAUAUUUCUGCACCUGAAACACCAAAUAUUAAUAAUCCAGGAAUUUAUUUUCCUCCAGAAAUUGAUAGAAAAAUGAGAGAUAGAAAACAUUCAACAGAAUCUAAUGUUUCUAGAAGAUCAACUAGAACAAUAAGAAGUAUUGGUGGUAGUAGAAGAAGAAAUUUUAAUGAUAAAAAUAAUCGUGAUAUUGAUGAAGGUGAAGCUUUUAUCACUCCUGAAUCUCAUGGAAAUGGGGAUGAAUUUUUAAUAAAAGAAUUAAGACCAUUAAAAUUAGAAGAAUUUUAUUCAACACCUAUUGUUAAACUUGAAAUACGUCUACUUUUUGAUUUUCUUUUUUAUCUAUUAGCAUUUUAUUCUAUAGGUUUACCAAAUUGUGGAAAGUAUAUUUUAAAAUUUAUCCUAGGUAUAUGGUCUUUUUCUUAUAUUUUUGAAAAUAUUUAUUUAUUAACAAUGAGAAAAACAUACUUACUUCAAAGUGGUAAUACAUUUAGAUUAUUAAGUACAUUAUUAUUACUUAUAAUUCUUACAUCUAUUACUACAUUUGAAGGUAUACAUUAUAUUUAUCCAAAAUGGAGAACAAAAAUUAUUACACCAUAUAAUAUUCGAUUUUUUUGGUUAAUACUUGUUCUUGUACAUUUUAUAUUUAAUAUUCUUACAAAUAGUAUAUUUUUAAGAUUAUAUAAAUUAAAAUUAUAUCAAAAAGUAUUUUUAGGAAUACUUGGUAUGUCAAUAUAUCUCUCAAUAUUUUUGUAUUGUCUUCAAAUUUUAAUAUAUCCAGAUCUCAGUUUAUCACUGAUAACAGCUUUCAAACAUCUUAAAAGUUUAGCAACUUUUCAAUUUCAUGAAAUUUUUACAUUAUCAGAAUUUUGUAAAAAAAUUAUUAUGCCAUCUAAAGAACUUAGUAGGCGACCAUUUUGUAUGUUUGUUAAUGAAAAUCGUUCUGCCUCCUGCCCAACACAACUACCACAUCCAUUUUUAUUUUUUUUAUCAUUUUUUAUAGCAUUACCACUUCUUAUUUAUAUAUAUGUUAAAUUGAAUUAUCUUCAUCAUACAUAUCCAUCAAUAUUAUUUAAAUCACUUCUUGAUCUUCAAACACUUUUUAAAAUUCCCCCACCAUUUACUAUAUUUAAUCUCAUAAUUAAUUUUUAUUAUUUUAUAUUAUAUAUUAUUGAUAAUAUAUUUAAUAAAAAACCUAAAAAUCUUUCAAAAUCAACAUCAUGUACUUUUGCAAAUCAUGCUGAUGUAACAUAUAUUGCAUCUCCAACAAAUGUUACUGAAAUUGAUGUAAAAAGAAAAGAAUCAAUUUUAAUUAAUCCAUUAAUACAAGGAAUAACAAUAUCACAACCAGAAACAGGUAAUUAUUUAUCAAAUGCCGUUUCAAGACUAUCAAUAAAAUAUUGGAAAUCUAAAAAUUAUCCAUCAUCAAGGGCAUCUAAACGCCUCUCACCAUCAACAUUAAAUGAAAAAAUUAAAAUUCUCCUUUCACAAUGGACAUUUACUCCAAUAUCUCAGGGGACUGGUGAUAGUGAAUCUGGUUUGGAGGAGUUUGUCUAUUACUCUAAAGAAAAUAAUAUUAAAAAAUUUAAAAUACAACAAAAAUAUAAAUCAUGGUUAUAUUUGAUGCCACAUUAUCAUCCACCAAAUUAUUCAAAACCAAGAGAAAUGUUUCCGGCAGAGUUACAGUCAUUUGUUGACUCACCAACAGGGGCAAAUUUAAUAGAAAUUGGGAGAAAUCUUAAAAAUCAAAGAAUUAAUGAUAUAUUUUCAUUAACACCAUCAUUUAUUUAUUCAUCAACAAAAUUUAAUAAUAAAAAUAAAGAAUGGAAAUAUUAUUUUUCAAGUAUAGGAAUACCAUUAAAUCCAUCAGGAAGAACAGGAAUAAGUGGUAGAGGAUUCCAUCCAAAAUUUGGUAUAAAUUAUAAGGCAUUUUAUUGUAUUUUUAAAAUAAAUCCAGAUGAUGGUAAAGUUUACAUACUUUUUGAAACUCCAAUGAGAGAAGGUAGUCUUUAUCAAUUACCAAAUUCAGAUAGAUAUGACACAAUUUCAAAGAGUGAUGUUUUUCUUGUUAAAAUAUUAACACAAUUAAAUGUUCCUGUAAGAUAUAUACAAAUUAUGUGCUCCAAAUCACAUUUAAUGGUUGGUCAUGUUGAAAAUAAAACAGCACAUGUUUUAACAGAACCAUCACCUCAAGAUAUUGAUACUGAUAAUGCAUGGACAGAAGCUGAUGUUUGGGCUCUUAAUAUAAGUGAUCAUUAUAAUGAAUUAAAAGAGAAUGACGCAUAUAAAUGGUAUUAUCUCAAUACAUCUACCUCAAAUAAUAUUUUAACAAAAACACCACACUCAAGAUUUAUAAAAUAUUCUAUGGAACUACUUAAUAUAGAAUAA